AUGGCACAACAAAUUGAUCGAGUAGUAGUUUUACCAAACGUUGGCGAUUCAAGACUAGGGGCAUGCAGAUCUUUUACGUUUGAUUUCUAUUAUUCCAUCGAAUCGAUUCGGCAGUCUUCUCCAAACAUUACAUUUAUUACACAAGAUCAAUUUUUGCUGUGGAACCAAGAGAUGAAGGCGGUUAGAGCUGAAAUGCCCACUGCAUAUAUUGUCAAGUCGUCUAUGAAAAAUGAUAUUCAGAUGCCCAAAUUUGAAUCCAAGUUGCUUAAAUUUAAAACGUACCGACGAAAGUUUUGCCUACAAUCGUUUGACUAUCUAAAGUACGAUGACAGACAAGGGCAAGUUCUUGAACACAGUAUAAGGAUGCCAAGUACGCCACUGGAGCAGCAAGCUAAAACUGAAAUUUCUCAGGCUGUAAUUAACGCUCUUCAGUCUGUCAAGUCGGAAGUUAUGCUAAUGUGUUAUCGCUCCUGGAUACUUGAUAUUCCACACCAGCCAGCACCGCUUGUAUAUGCCGAUCACUUAAUAGAGCGAGCCAAAGCAGCAGCAACAUUGCUAUACCCUUACAUUGCAAUUCAUUGGCGGAUGGAAACGGCAAUGCCAGAUAAACUUUUUCGAUGCAGUCGAAAUCUUGUGGAUUAUAUUCAUGAUAUAAAAGCAAAGACAGGAAUUGACAACGUUUACAUUUCUACUGAUUAUCCAAUCGAUGGGCGUCCGCAUUCAGGAACUUUUUCUGAACUUACUAAAGAACAUCAUAGAGCGGCAGACCUACUUGAAAACAAUUUAAAUCUUUACACUUGGGCGCGCAUAAAUUCUUCAUUGCCUUUCCUUAACAAUACGAAACUUUUAUCAUAUGGGAAUAAUUCUGACGUUAAUGAACAAGGAGCAUUUGCAAUUACAGAAAAGUUGAUAUUGGUGUAUGCCAAUUGGUUUGUCAGUGGACCGCGCAAAUGUUGUAGAUUUGGAAGCUCUUAUACUGGUCAAGUUGUAAGAGAAAGAGCUAAGGUUAUUAAAAGUCAGACUAAUAUGGAUGGUAAUAAUGCGUUAUGGAAUUUGAGAGAUUGGUGGACAGAAAUCCGGCAAGCACACUAG